AAACCAAAGUAUCAAAGUCUUCUAAUCCUUCGUGGCAAUUUGGAAAUAAAGUCAAGUAUUAGGGGUAGAUAAACAACCACCUCUACUUAUAAUACAACUGGCCUUUCCCAUUAUAACUUGUCUUCUUCACAAUUUGCAGAAAUUAACAAAUUUUCAACAUCGAAAAUACAGCAAAAUCAGCCGUCCGAACCAUAAACGAGAAGAAUUAGCAAAAGGUUGCUUUAAUUUCUCUUCAUUUUUUUUUCAAUUCAAGGAAAAAAAAUGGGAGUUCCUUCGUAUUUGAUUGUUUGUGUUCUUGUUGGAGCUUUUUUCAUUUCAAUGGCUGCCGCCGGCGACAAUGGUAGCUACGAUUGGAUGGUGCCGGCGAGAUCCGGUGAAUGCAAGGGGAGUAUUGCAGAGUGCAUGGCUGAAGAAGAUGAGUUUGCGCUUGACAGUGAGUCAAACAGGCGUAUUUUAGCAACCAAAAAGUACAUCAGCUAUGGUGCACUCCAGAAGAACAGUGUGCCGUGUUCUCGCCGUGGAGCUUCCUACUACAACUGCAAACCUGGAGCUCAAGCAAAUCCCUACACUCGUGGAUGCAGUGCUAUUACUCGUUGCAGGAGCUAGGUUCUCUAUUUUCUCUUCCUCUUCCACAGGAUCCAU